AAUGGUUCGCUCUUGUUUCUAGUGAAACAUCUCCGUGUGGGACAUUGAGCGGAAGUAAACAACAGAAGGCUAGUAACAUUAGCUACCGGGGUUCCUGUCUACCCUCGGUUAGAAAGCGGUUUCUGCUGUGUGAGCGAAACGUUUCAGCGUCUGCAGUAACAAUAUCUUCAGUACUUCAUCAGAGAGAAGAAAUAUUCAACAACAUCGACUUUUAGGAGGAAGAGAUCGAUCAUCAGCUCACACUGCUGGAUACCAACUGGAAAACCCAAAUCAUCUCGGAACCUCCCGGUCUUCUACAGCAUCAUGUCUGUUACUACGUGGAAGGUUGUUGCAGAUCACUUUCUCAUAAAUGAAGAAAGAAACUCUCCUCUUGAUCAAAAGACAUCAGACACUGUAGAUUUAAACGAGGAACAUGAGGAAUCAGAACCACAACAGAUCAUUGAAAUGAAAGAGGAACCAGAACCUCAAUCUAUUAAUGAAAAAAAGGAUAAAAAACCACUUUUAGUGAAGCAGGAGACCAAUAGUUCUACAGUGAGUUCUGAUGAUGAGCAAAUGGUCCACAAUGUACCAGAGGUGAAGGUGGUCCAGGUUAAAGAGGAACAGAAGCAAAUCUGCAAGGAUCUGGAUCUGGAUGGACAUUUUGUAAUGAAGCAGGAGAGUGACACCUUAAAGUUGACUCUUCCAUCUGUGAAAAUCUUCUACCAAGAACCAGAACUUGGAAAUACCAAACCGGAGGAACCAAAACAGAUCAUUGAGGUGAAAGAGGAACCAGAAGCUUGGCAAGUAAAAGACGAACAAGUUGAACUCUGCAUCUCUCAGGAUGUAGGGGAAGUUUUGGUGAAAAGGGAUGCUAGUCGCUGUACUCAGACUCCUCCUGUAGAUCCAAAAGACUCCAGUGAAACAAUUGAGAAUCAUCUACCAUCUACUAAACCCCCUGAAGCUGAACACCAACAAAAGCAAGUAAUCAAUCAUCAAGGCUCCGGAUCAAAUGAUAAGAGAAAGCUGAAGGAGAAAAGACACAAAAAAUACAGAAAACAAGGUGACAAUGUGGACAACACUAAGCUAAAAAGACUUAAAAAGAAAUUACCUUUAUGUGACGUAUGUGGCAAAUGUUUCACUACUCGACAAAUCCUAACCGUGCAUAUGAGGACUCAUACAGGAGAGAAACCUUUUGCUUGCAAACUAUGUGAUAAAUCUUUCAUUAACAGCAGUAAUUUGAUUUGUCACAUACGAACGCACACAGGUGAGAAGCCUUUCUCCUGUGGGACCUGUGGGAAAGGUUUCCCCAGGCAACCUGCCCUCACUGCACACAUGAGAACUCACACAGGUGAGAAACCGUAUCCCUGCGAGUUGUGUGAAAAAGCCUAUCGAGAUCGUAGUAAUUUGGUACGACACAUGAGAACACAUACAGGUGAGAAACCAUAUUGCUGUAAAGAUUGUGGUAAAUCCUACAGUGGCAGUAGUCAGUUGGCUUAUCAUAUAACGACUCACACAGGUGAGAAGCCUUUUUCAUGUCUGAAUUGUGGAAAAGCUUUCAACAAGCAAAGCACCUUGACAGUCCACAUGAGAACUCACACGGGUGAGAAACCAUACUCCUGUGACAUGUGUGAGAAAUCUUUUCGAGAGAAUAACGAUUUGACUUGUCACAUGAGGACUCACACGGGUGAAAAGCCAUAUUCUUGCAAAUUGUGUGAGAAAUCUUUCAGAUGGAGAAAUGUUCUCAAUCGACACAUGAGAACUCACAGAUGAGACACAAUCUGGUCAUGAAUUAUGUGAUGAAUUCUUUGCUGUCAAAAUGCACGUUGACUUAACACAGCAUUUAUCAUAAGAUAUUUUACUAAACUGGUAAAAAUACUAUUUGUUACUUAAAAUCAGAAUCAUUUCAGAAUCAGAAUACUUUUAUUUUUAUAAUUUAUUUUGUCCAACCUCUAUAUUUUGAGUCACGGAACCACCUAUUGGUCAGGAAAAUAAUAAUUUUGGAUAAUCAAGCCUCUUGAGUAGAUUUCAAAGUAAAACAUGACCUCAAAUCUGUAAAACUAUGAGACAGAACAAAUCCAGGCAUUUUCCACUGUAAGCCCCUAAUAAACAUUUUCUCCACAUUUAUGCUCUUCCAGUAAUAUCUUCUAAUAAUUAUAUCAAUAAUAGCAUUGUUGUCAGUGGUAUUUGUUGCUCAUUUUAUCACAGCCAAUUACAUGGUUUUACAUAUUUGGAUGAAUUUAAAGUGAUCCUGAAUCUCUGUUUUGUGUAAUAAUUGUUUUCACAUCAUUAACAGUUUCCCAGUAAAACCAGCAGGUGUCGCCAGCGUUCAGCUGUCAGAUGAUUCUACAGUCAGUUCUCUUGUGUGCAGCUGUUGCACAUGAUCCUCAAACUGCUCCUAUUUGAUUUAUUUUGUUUAUAGAAACUUUUCAUCAUCAAGCUUGGAAUAAAUCUGUUUCUGUUUAA